AUGCGCACGAAGAGGAGAGCAGCCCAGAGUCCCGUCAAGCUCGAGCUCGAAGUCUCGAUGCCCCAGCGCAAGGUCGCUUCGCCCGAGGUGAAGCGCGAGGAUACGGCCCGGCGGCGGAGUACCCGACUCCCUCCACCUGAAGUGAAGCCAGAGCCAGAGCGGCGGACGAGUGGCCGUCACAGGGCGGUCGUCGAUUAUGCCGCCGAGUUCCGGAUCACGCCUGAGUCCUCGGACGAUGAAGAGGAUGUGAAGGAUGAAUCGGAGGAGGAGGAUGACAAGGAGGACGUGGAGGAGGCGAUGGACGAGGACGACGUUGAGGCCGACCUGGGAGUUGAGAGUGAGCCUGGGAGCCCCGUUCCGAAACGGAGAAGGGCGACUUCCGCGCAGUCUACCCCGCAGGCGACGCCCCGACCAACGAAGGCGGCGAGAACAUCUCGAGCAUCCCAGACGCCCAAGACAGUCAAGACUUCGCAGAGCACGACGCCCUCCUCGUCCAAGAAGCGCAAGGUCGCCCCGGUGACAGUGGAUUCAGGGUCGGAAUACGAGGAUCACGCUGCGCCUAUAGUGGUCGACUCUGACGCAGCCUCGCCCGAGCCGCUCAUCGUCGGCGAACCCACCCCGGAACCCGGCGCAGACGGCCUAGUCGACUCGCGAAAGUACGAGAACUCCCACCUGCACGUGCAAGGGUUCGAGGAUCCCCUCCCCGUCGUCGUGGACAACCACUGGGUGUACCUCUUCUACCGCUUCUGCGCGGAGCGGCACGAGAUGUACUACCGCCGCAAGGCGGGCGUGCCGCGCGACCAGCUCACGACCGACCCGACCAUGAGCGCGGUGCAUAUCGGGAAUGUGUUCAGGCAGCUGGACCCGAGCUCUAUCAUGAUGCGGGACAAGAUCAUUGCCGACGGCGAUCAGAGCGUGGACGAGGUGUGCUUCCGCGUAUUCCUUUAUUGCCAGUUUUACAAUGCCGACUCGUGGGCCGCCCUCUGCGAAGCUGCAACCGGGGACGUGCCCAGUUGGAAGACGUUUGAGAAAGAUCUGCCAGCCAUGGAGAGCGCGCUGCACGACUUGAGCAUCAAGCAGAAGAAGAAGAUCUACCUGGGCGGAUUCCAGCUCGUCCCGCCCACCGUCUACUUUGACCCAGCGCUAAACCGCAACCGGGACAAGAACAUAUACAACUUUGCCGCGUCGCUGCGCCUAGUCAUGGCCAUGAUGGAAUCCGGCUUACCGGCACAGCUGAAAUCGUGCCGCUUCGCCGUGGACGCGUCCAACGUCCUGCAAACGAUUCCGACGCUUGGCGGCUUUUUGUCGUUGAACAUUCUCUGUUUCCUCAACGACACGCCACAAUUCACCUGGCUCUACCGCGACUUUGCGACCUGCGGCCCGGGAAGUCGCAAUUACUUGCGGCGCAUCUUUGGCCCCUGCAUCUCCAACGCCGAGAUGGAGGACGCGGGCCUCAAGUGGCUCACGGAACAGCAGUUCAAAUACUACGCCCGUCUGGGACAGGACGCGCCGCACGAGUGGGAGAACGGCCUGCGGCCGGGCAUGCGUGUGCUCGACGUUGAGAACGCACUGUGCUGGGCGCACCGGUACGUGAAUGCGUAUAUGGGCGAGGGGAGGCGGAGGGGCAAGCCGAAACUGAAGAGUUUCGCGGAUUUGCCCAUGCCCCGCUACGAUCCCGCUGUCACUGAGGGGUGCACCCACGCGGCCUGGGCGGCGGAGGAGCGACAUGUCGGCAACUCGAGCGAGGCGCCGUGGGCGACUGCUGCGGAGGAUACGCUCGAUGGCGCGAUCAGCGAGCAGGGCGAGGACGUGUAUGAGAUUGAGCGUGUGGUCGCGAAGCGCGGGAGGUUGUUUAGGGUGCGGUGGAAGGGAUGGCCGCCAGAGCAGGAUACGUGGGAGACGGAGGCGACGCUGCGAGAUGGAGCAGAGGAGGCCCUCGAAGACUGGCUCGAAUGGGACAAACGCAUCUGGACAGCCAUCGAGCGCAUCCGCGUGCAGCACGCGCCAGAGACGACGCCCGACGGGCGACCAGUCAAGAUCGCGGGCAACGUGAACGCUCAGCGCGGGGCAAUCGCGAGACAGAACGAGCGCGAGGCGCGGGACCGGGCUGCUGAAGCUGAGACGAGGGAGGAGAGGGGCGAGGAGCCCCCGCUGGAUGUGAACGAGGAGGAAUCUGACUCUGCGUCGGAUGACAGCUUGGACAGUAUGGACUAG